GAAUUGGUCACGUUCGAGUUUAUCCUUUGCGGCGUUCAAUUCGGAACGUGUUCCGAGCGAUUCAGUCCGUGGCAGUGGCGAGGUUUUGCGAGAUUUGCAAAUACCGCGAAUGGGCCUCGAGUUUCAGCUGCAAAAGUAAACGGUGUAUGAACGUGAAAUUAUUUUUUUUGUUAUAGUUACUUCCAAUUGGAGGCCGUGCCAAGAUCGGAUGUUGAUUAAUGGUGAAUGCAUUCGGAAUCAAGAAGCAAAGGAAAGUGAGAGUGAAUUGAUGGUGCUACUAUUAAAAAAGGAAAGUCACUUUGAGGAAAAAUCUGCAAAGUGCAUCGUGCCCAUUGAUACCUGUGAUAAUUAAUAUUAAUCUACAUUAGAGUGACAGCAUACAGUGUAAAUAAUCGAUUGAAAAAAAAUUAAAAAUGACCGCAACGAACGCAGCGAAAAAAAGCGACUCCAAAUGGAAUCUGGACCCGGUGCAGCGCGCCAUGGGCCAGCUCGGUUGGUGGCACAUCUUGGUUUGCGCGGUGGUUUUUCCACUGAAAUUUCCCGUGGCAUGGCAUCAGAUGGGCAUUAUCUUCUUGGGUGCGGCCAUGAAUUACACUUGUGCUUCGAACACCACCCUGGACAAGUGCUCGAGUGAGUGCACCAGCUGGGAAUACGACACCAGUGUGUUCAGCUCGACGAUCAUCAGCGAGUGGAACUUGGUCUGCGAGAAAGCCAAUCUGGUUAACCUGUCGCAAACCAUCUUCAUGUUUGGUAUUCUGGUCGGCGGUGUGUUGUUCGGGUCUCUGGCUGACAAGUUCGGAAGAAGGCCGCCGAUGGUGAUUGCGGUUAUAAUUCAGCUGAUCUCGGGUGUUGCAGCUGCAUACAUCCCAUGGUUUUGGGGAUUCGUUGUACUUCGCUUCAUCACAGCCGUGGCAACCGGUGGAACAAUGGUCACCAGCUUCGUGCUCGUCAUGGAGAUCAUCGGUCCGAAAUGGCGCGAACUGUUCUCCGUGCUGUACCAGAUUCCAUUCAACCUGGGCCAUCUGACGCUGGCAGGAUUCGCAUACUUCCUGCGCGACUGGCAUCACCUCCAAUUUGCACUGUCAAUUUUCUCCGUGCUGUUGGUCUCCUACUACUGGUUGGUUCCUGAAUCGCCUCGCUUUCUGUUUACGUCUGGCAACACGGACGGAGCUAUCGAAGUGCUGGAAAAGGCUGCCAAACGCAAUAAACUACCAACGGAAAACAUUCGCAGUGACCUGGAGCAACACGCCAAGACAAAAAGCCACGGAACUGCCGCGAAAGGCAAUCUGAUUGACCUGUUCAGGACGCCCAACAUGCGAAUGAAAUCGUUGUUCAUGUGCUUCAACUGGUUCGUCUGUGGACUGGCAUUCUUUGGCGUGGCUCAAUACAUUGGACACUCUGGGGGAGAUAUUUUCACCAAUGUAGCCAUCGGAGCCGCUUUGGAACUUCCGGGAACUGUCAUUUGUAUCUACAUGAUGAAAGCCUAUGGACGUAAAAAAACUUUAAUAACAUCGAACACUCUCACCGGUCUAACUAUGCUCGCGAUCGCCUUCGUUCCACAUGAUGCCACUUGGCUGAAUGUUGGUCUGGCGUCUAUCGGUCUCGUCGGAAUGAGCAUCUCUUUCCCUACGGUGUACUUGUACGCAGGGGAGCUUUUCCCAACGGUUGUGCGAAAUGUUGGCAUCGGUACCGCAUCGAUGAUUGCUCGAAUUGGCUCGAUGAUUGCUCCGUUUGUGGCCGGAAUGGGAGUUAUAUCUCACUGGUUACCUCCGAUCAUCUUUGGUAUAAUCCCACUGAUAGGUGCAUGCUUCGUGUUUUUCCUGCCCGAAACACAAGGUCAUCCUCUGCCGGAAACACUCGAGGAUGGAGAGAAUUUCGGCAAACGUCAAACGGACAGCGCGGAAAGUGGCAGGCAUCAUUGAACUCGUCGCUUGCCAGGUUAUGGCGGAAAUUUUUCUGUUGCCAUAUGGAACUGUCGAAUCGCCAGUCUCUAUUGGAUUAACUCUAUUUUUUGUAGGAUGGUUUUUAUGAAUCAAAUACUGAUAUUCAUCAAAUAGUAGAAAGCAGCUUUCAUGUACAAAAAAAGUAAUUCAGUAGAUGUAAUGACAAAACAUAUCCACCCCGUGAAUGAUAUUUUAUUAAAAAGAUGCUACGAUAAUAAGUUAUGAAA